UGCGCCCUCGAUCCCCCCCCCCCCCCCCACGGUCGGCGGGACACGAUGGCGGCAUUGCUGGGCCGGCGGAUCGGGGUGGCAGCUGCCGCGGCGACGCUCAUCGCUCUCGCGGCGUUCGGAUCCGUCUCGUCCUCGGAGUCGUCGCCCAAGUUCUUCGUGAAAUCCACCGUCAAAGCCCACGACGUCGUCAUGUUCUCCAAGUCAUACUGCCCGUAUUGCAGAAGAGCAAAAGCCGUGUUUAAGGAACUUCAGUUAAAUAUGGAGCCCUAUAUUGUGGAGCUUGAUCGGCGAGAGGAUGGUGGGGAGAUUCAGGAUGCCUUAUUAGACAUAGUUGGCAGGCGUACUGUUCCUCAAGUUUUUGUCAAUGGAAAGCACUUGGGGGGCUCUGAUGAUACUGUUGAAGCCUAUGGAAGUGGCAAGCUAGCAAAACUUUUAAACAUUGGAGUCAAAGACAAUCUUUGAGUGGCAUCUUAUCAUCAAGGGCUUGUCUCUUCUUUGGCGUUAUAAGAGCACUGUUAAGCAAUUCUGAAUUUACAUUACCAAAGAAUCUGUUACUGAUAGUUUUGUUGCAGUAUAGAUUUUUUUAACUAUUGUUUGUGAUAGUUACGUUAUCAUCUCAUGUCAUUCUAUAAUUAGAUUUGGGCCAUGCUGAUUGAUUGCA